AUGGCUGUAUUCGACUACUUGUCCAGUAUCGCCGGACGAUCUGGAAACGAGACUUGUAUCCCUUGUCACGUGAUGAGUGAGGUCAGCUCUAUGGGUUAUCUUUGUACAUUGAUAAUAGCAUAUGUUCGUGUAAUUAAGAAGGCAAGGCCUGUUCUACAAACGAAGAAAAACAACAACAGAAACCUCUCCAACAGAAACCUCUCCAACAGAAACCUCUCCAACAGAAACCUCUCCAACAGAAACCUCUCCAACAGAAACCUCUCCAACAGAAACCUCUCCAACAGAAACCUCUCCAACAGAAACCUCUCCAACAGAAACCUCUCCAACAGAAACCUCUCCAACAGAAACCUCUCCAACAGAAACCUCUCCAACAGAAACCUCUCCAACAGAAACCUCUCCAACAGAAACCUCUCCAACAGAAACCUCUCCAACAGAAACCUCUCCAACAGAAAACUCUCCAACAGAAACCUCUCCAACAGAAAACUCUCCAACAGAAACCUCUCCAACAGAAACCUCUCCAACAGAAACCUCUCCAACAGAAACCUCUCCAACAGAAACCUCUCCAACAGAAACCUCUCCAACAGAAACCUCUCCAACAGAAACCUCUCCAACAGAAACCUCUCCAACAGAAACCUCUCCAACAGAAACCUCUCCAACAGAAACCUCUCCACUGUCAGAACACCAACAGUUCCAGCGCAAAAUUGUUCAAGAUUUCUCAGUCCUAAAAUUGUUGUUUAA